UAACAUUGGACGUCAAUGCGUACAACCCUUAAGACCUACACUUGUUCCUCGUCACAGCCUCGCAGGCUAUCCUUUUCUCUCUCUCCAUCGCCGACUUGCUCCGACGUGCAAUUUAACCCUUCCGCCUCUCUCUCUCCGCCUUGCGUGAUCGCUGCUUUCAGUAUCGAUCGGAAAAUGGGAGGGGGAAAUAACAAAAAGGGAUCCAAUAAAUCCAAAACCCGUAGGCCCCGAAACGCGUAUUCGGGUCGGGCUCUUUUCGUCGAAGGUGGGAUCUUGUCUGAAUGGCAGCGCUUCGAUUCUACUCCUUCUAGAGAGAAGAAUUCGCGUGGUGGAAAUGGAAAUGGAAGUAGAAAUCCAGCAAUUGGUAGCAAGAACGCAGCUCCGAAGAGUAGUUCCGGUUCGGGUUCACUGUCCAGAAGUGAAUCUAAGAAGACUAGAGGGAAUACGAUUGCUUAUAUGUAUCCUUCGGAAGAUGUUCAGGAAGGUUUGGCUAGUGAGAGUAGUGGAGAAGGUAAGGAUGUUAAGUCAGUGGGGAUGCAUCCUAUUGUUUUGCUUGAUUCCAAGGAGUCGAAAAUUGUUGCGUAUAUAGAUGAAGGAUCAAAUAAGGAACCUCAAAAUAUGGAGCAUGUUUAUGAUUAUAGUACGACUUGCACACUAGGUGAAAGGCCAGAUGUUGAACAUCAAGAAAUGGAAUGUGUUUAUGACUACAGUACAGGUUUUUCAGUGGAUGAAAACACACACAGAGGAUUAGGGUUCUAUAACGAAGCAGAAGCAAUGCAUGGUAUUGGAUCAUCUUCUAAAGCUGAUGAGAAGGAAGAUUCUGAUUUUAAAUCAUCUUCCUCUGAUGAGGAUAUGGAUGCUGAUGUUGAUGUUGAUGUUGAUGGUGAUGCAGCUGAUAAAUUAUCUCCAGAGGAAAACCAAGGAUUUUUGUCCAUUGGGGGCUUGAGAUUAUAUACACAUGAUAUAUCAGAAGAAGAAGAUGAGGAGGAUGAUGAAGAUGACCUGCUUGAGGAAGAAACUUCAGGUUCUUCAGAAUCUGGGGAGUCCACUGGUUCAUCCGAUAGUGAUGAUUCCUCUGAUAGCGGUUCAGAAAUCGAUGAUGAAGUUGCUGCAGAUUAUCUUGAAAGUACUGGUGGGAUUGACCAUGUUGUAAAUGUUGAUAAACUUGUUGGAAAGAUUCAAGAUGGUACAGAUGAUGAUAGAUUGGAUGAAACAUUAGAGAAGCUGAGUGGGAUUGCUCUUCAGGAAGCAUCAAGGGAGUAUGGCAUGAAGAAACAUCAAUCUAGGAGAAAAAGUCAGGGAGAAAGCAAAGAUACUCCUGCCAAGUAUGUUUGGUCAUCUGCUUUAGAUGAUCUUAUGCUUGUAAAAGAUCCAAGAACUGUUUCAGGUAGAAAGAAGCAUGCUGCUAAAUUUCCGCAGUCAUGGCCUCUUGAGUCUCAAAAAAGUAAAAAUUUCAGGAGGAAUCCAGGUGAGAAAAAGAAACACCGUAAAGAAAUGAUUGCAUCAAAGCGUCGAGAAAGAAUGAUUCGCCGUGGUGUUGAUCUCCAGAAAAUUAAUGCGAAAUUGGAAAAAAUGGUUCUGGAUGGAGCUGAUAUGUUGUCAUUUGAACCUAUGCACACAAAAGAUUGUUCUCAGGUGCGAAGACUUGCAUCAGUCUACCGCUUGUGGAGUGGUUGCCAAGGUUCUGGCAAGAAGAGGUUUGUAACCGUGGCAAGAACGCAUCACACAUGUAUGCCAUCAGCGAAUGAUAGAGUUCGCGUAGAAAAGUUAAUAGGAGCUAAUGACGAGGAUGAUGAUUUCACAGUCAAUGGUGUACCCGCAAACAAACCUUCAAGAGGCAGUUAUACUACUUCAACGCCCAGAGACUCAAAAUCUUCUCAGAUAAAAUCACUUAAAAGCUUAUCGAAUUCUGGGGGCAAUAAAGACUCAAGUAGAAAGAAGAUGAAUUGUAAAACAGGUGCCUACUCUUCUCAACCCGUAUCGUUUAUAUCAAGUGGUAUAAUGAGUUCAGAGAAAGUUGAGCUGAAAAUCACUGAAUCAACCGAGUCAAGUGACGGCUGCCAUGAAAAGAAAUGUGUAUCAAACUAUGGUGCAUUCGAGUUGCACACAACCGGUUUUGGCUCCAAGAUGAUGGUUAAGAUGGGCUUCACUGGCGGAGGUUUAGGAAAGGAUGGACAGGGUAUUGCGGAGCCCAUCCAAGUUUCUCAACGCCCUAAAACACUUGGUUUGGGAGCUGACAUCCCUGAAACAAGCACUGCUAACGAAACAAAGACUCCCACUCCUAAAUUGGUUGGAUUUGGCGAGGAUUUCCCUACAAGAAGCAGGAAAUCAGGACAAAAAGGAUCUCAGGGCCAAAAAGCCCAGUACGGUUCUCCAGGAUUUGGAGCGUUUGAGAAUCACACAAAAGGUUUUGGAUCCAAGAUGAUGGCGAAGAUGGGUUUCGUUGAAGGCACAGGACUUGGUAAAGAUUCGCAAGGCAUCACCGCUCCUAUACUUGCAACACGUCGUCCUAAAUCACAAGGACUGGGUGCCAAAAGAUGAUUUAUGGUGUCAUUUCAUUCUUUUAGUUCUAGGGAAAAGCUUUUUCCCACUAUGAUUGUUUAUGGUUACUUUAGCUAUUAGUUAUCACUGUUAUAACUAGUUCUUAACAAUUUCUGCAUUCACUAUCUCCUUUAAAAGAUUUCAAUCUGGAUGUUAGUUUGCAGAGUUCAUAAAUUAUGCUGGACAAGCAUAAUGUUGGGAGAUGUUUAUUAGCAGCGGAAUGAUCUUCCUCUGUGAUUGGAAGUGGUUGGGUUAAUGAACCCCCAAAACCCAUGACUUUACACUUUCUUUGUGGCAAGAAUUGAUCUCCUGUACUAUUGUUGGAAGUAAGUUUUAAGUGAGAUUUCUUAUCCA